UAGUGAUGAAAGCCAAUAGAAAGUCUGCUGGGUGAUAAUAUCCACAUGUGGGAGAUGGAGAGGAGCCAGAACACAGAGACGCGGAGAGAGAGAGACCCUAACCACAGGAACUCAGGCUGUCUAUGGGCAUCCAUACAGCUACCUCACCAGGACCCCGAAGAGAGUCGCGGACUGGCCAGGGUAGAGACCAGCGAACAAACCAGCAAAACAGAGCUCAGCAUAGAAACCCUGAUCUGACAGAAGAGCUGAACAACCUUCAAACUGACCAGCAAAACAGAGGAGACAACCGAUGAGUGACCAACGAAUAGACCACCUCAACCCCUGACCUCUGUCUCUACUGGAAUAAUUACCUAACCCUAACGCAGAGACAGACCGGGACACAGAGAGAGAGAGAGAGAGAGAGAGGACGCUUUGGACACCUGAAACAAGAGGAUGUACAGACAGUUUGUUCUGUCAAUCCUGCUUGCAGGCGUCCUGUGCCUGGUGGGCGGUGACACCCGCAAGACCCGCCUCCAAGGCUCCAUCCCCAACCCUUUCAAAGGGAACGGCAACACCUCUGACAAACGCACCCGUAAACAGGAAAUACUUGCCUCCAGCCAGGAAGCGCUGGUCGUCACAGAGAGGAAGUACCUGAAGAGUGACUGGUGCAAGACCCAGCCGCUGCGUCAGACGGUGAGCGAGGAGGGCUGUCUGAGUCGUACCGUCAUCAACAGGUUCUGCUACGGACAGUGUAACUCCUUCUAUAUCCCACGACACGUUAAGACGGAGCAGGAGUCUUUCCGGUCCUGUGCUUUCUGCCGGCCGCAGCGUUUCACCACGCUGACCGUAGAGCUGGACUGUCCCGACCUCCAGCCGCCCUUCCGGCACCGCAAGAUCCAGAGAGUCAAACAGUGUCGCUGUAUAUCGGUCUCCGUCGGUGACCCUGGGAAGCGGUGAUACUCGUCUCUCUCUCUCUCUCUCUCUCUCUCUUAUCAUCUUGGACAAUCCCUAGAUACUGUCCAGAUUGUCCGCUCACCUCACAGGAGACAGUUUGUACAAGACUCGAGUACAUGGAGGCUCAGGACAUGUAUUUCUACUGAAGGCACACAGAAUGAAUACAUAAAAGCUGAAGGGGCCCCACUUUCUCCAGAGUGAGACAUCUCACUUCCUCUACCGUCUCUGCAGAAAACAGACUCUCUCUCUAGAAGUACUGAGCGUGACAGAUGUUUCUAUGGAGCAGCUCUGUGUUGAUCAUACCA